AUGUUCAGAGACUGGAGUGACUGUGCCCCAUUCCUCUUCAUCAUUGUGUUGGACUACGCCCUGAGGAAAGCGAUGGCAGAUGGCAAGGAAGAAGAAUUGGGCUUUACCAUCACCCCCCGCGGAUCUAGGAGGCACCUGAAGGAAGUCUUAGCUGACCUGGACUUCGCAGACGACAUUGCCCUGCUAUCUGACGCCGUGGAACAAGCCCAGGAACUCCUCCUUAGAGUAGAGACUGAAUGCAACAAAGUAGGUCUCGGACUCAAUGGCCCAAAAACCAAAUACCUGGCCUACAACAUCGAUGAUCAUCCUCCUCUUGUCCGGCACUCUCCUCUGUCACUCGUAACGGCACCGUCCUGGAGGAGAAGAACGACUUUAAGUACCUUGGAUCCUGGGUAG